AUAGCGUGAACCAAGCAUCCGGACUCUUGGUUUGUUUAUAUACGCGGCUAACGCUUUUCGCCUGGUUCUUUUAUUCAGAUGAGCGUGCCCUAAUAUGUACCAUAGCCAUAAUGUUAAUCGAUAGCAGUUAAUAUUACAUAUUUGCAAAUGUGCUCCUAGAAGGAAUAAAUUCUGUCGAGUUUUGUUUCCUCAAUACAAAUUAAUUUUGAGAAAAAAUUUAAUAAAAAAAAAACUUAACGGUUUUGGUUCUGAAAUAAACUAUCUCAGCAUGUCUGGCAGAGGAAAUAUACUAAGUUUGUUUAAUAAAAAGGCGGGUCCCUCGAUUAUUUCAUCAUUGAGCGAUGAUCAUGAUCUUGACAGUGGCUUGGAUGUCGACCAUUCGGGUUCAAGUGGAGAAUCUAUUCGACUAGAAAAGGAAAUGGAAUCGGAUCUUAUAACCACUCUGCAAAACUUAAACAUUUCGGUCGGUCGAGGGCGUGCCCAGCUUAUACGUACAUUAAAAAAGGAUGGCCCCACCACAUUAACAGAAAAUAAUCCUGGUGAAUUAAAAGAAUUCAAGAAUUUGAAAGAUAACCAUACUGAUAAUUCGAAAUUGCCGCCACUAAAACCAAAUACUUCAAGAAAUGACUUUUUUUACCCCACGGUAGUGCAUGGAUCAAAAGGUUCAUCAGUAAAUAUAUCGUGUAAUUACCUAGAGUUAACGACUGAUGAAUCAAAAGGAGUUUUCCAUUACGAAGUACGUUAUUCCCCUCCCGUUGAUUCGGUUCAUUUAAGAAUGAACUAUUUAAACGACCAUAGGGAUAAGCUCGGAGAAACAAAAACUUUCGACGGCAUUACGUUAUAUUUACCAAUUUUGUUACCAAAUCAGAUGACCGUCCUUGUUUCAAAAGUAGAAGAUACGGAGGUGCAAAUUCGAAUUUUGUUCAAAAAAAAAGAGGACCUUAAGAAUUGCAUACAUUUAUAUAAUAUUUUGUUCGACAGAGUUAUGAAAACUUUAAAUUAUGUCAAAUUUGACCGGAAACAGUUUGAUCCCACACGUCCAAAAAUUAUACCACUGGCAAAAUUAGAAGUUUGGCCAGGCUAUGUUACAGCCGUUGAUGAAUACAAAGGUGGUUUAAUGCUUUGUUGCGACGUUUCGCACCGUAUACUUUGUCAAAAAACUGUUUUAGAAAUGUUGGUUGAUCUAUAUCAGCAAAAUGUAGAUCAUUACCAAGAAUGCGCCAGAAAGACAUUAAUUGGAAACAUUGUUUUAACAAGAUAUAACAACCGUACAUAUAAAAUAAAUGAGAUUUGCUUCGAUCAAAGUCCGAAAUCCGAGUUUCAAACCAAAAUUGGGUCCACAAGCUAUAUGGAAUAUUACAAAAAAUACCACAAUAUUAACAUUAAAGAUAUUAAUCAACCAUUGCUUCUUAGUAUAAAAAAAUCAAGAGCAACACCUCAUGACCAAGGAAGUAUACAAUUCUGUCUAGUUCCAGAACUAUGUUAUCUGACUGGGCUGCGGGAUGAAGUUCGUUCAGAUAACAAACUUAUGCGUGAGAUAGCUACUUUUACAAGAGUUUCGCCGAAUCAACGACAGCUGGCGUUAAAUAAGUUCCACGAAAAUGUCUCAAAAAGUCCGGAAGCUCAAAAAAUACUGAACAGCUGGGGUCUUUCACUAACCAUAAAUUACAAUAAUUUAAAAGGACGUCAAAUGGAAGCAGAGCAAAUUUAUUUUUCGAAAAUGGCCGUGUCAGCCGGAAAAAAUGCGGAGUUCUCUAAAUAUGCUGUCAGCAAUGAAAUGUUGGAAGUAAUUCACCUUAACAAAUGGAUUAUAAUUCAUUUGAGGAAUGAUACACGAGCUGCAACUAACCUACUUGAUAAUAUGAAACAGUGUUGUAAGCCUCUUGGGAUGAACGUUUCUAAACCAACAAUGAUUUCUUUGGACCAUGAUCGAAUCGAUGCAUACAUCCAAGCUUUGCGACGAAAUUUAACUAUGGAUGCACAAAUUGUCGUCUGUAUUUGUCAUAACAGUAGGGAUGAUCGAUAUUCUGCAAUAAAAAAAAUAUGUUGUUCGGAAUUACCAAUUCCAUCACAGGUCAUAAUUGCGAAAAAUUUGUUAAACGAAUCUAAAAAUCGUUCUGUUGUGCAAAAGAUUGUGUUACAAAUGAAUUGUAAAAUUGGAGGAUCAUUAUGGACGGUUAAAAUACCUUUUAAAAAUGUCAUGGUUUGCGGAAUCGACUCCUAUCAUGACCCAUACAAUCAAGGAAGCUCUGUUGCUGCAUUUGUGGCGUCUCUGAAUUCGUCAUACACCCGUUGGUAUAGUAAGGCUGUCGUACAAGCAAAAAGUGAAGAAAUUGUGAAUGGGCUAACUGCUUCUUUUGAAACUGCUUUAAAAUUAUAUCAAAAAAGGAAUGGCAAUCUACCUGAAAACGUCAUUAUAUACAGGUAA